AUGGAGUUCCCAGCAUACCGCGAUAAAAGAUGGAUAUCUAAGAUAAUGAAAGGCUUUCAAAUGCCUGAUGGAGUUCUGGAUGACACGGAUAUGACCCCCGAUUACCUCAGCAAGGACCCUACAGCAGGCUUCUUCACCUCUAAAGUGGCCAAUGUGAAGGAUCAGAUCAAACGGGCACUCUUUCGGCAUUGUCUUUUCAAGAUUCAGAACGUGGAGGUGCAAACACUGCAGAAAGAAUGCGAGGAGAAGUCCCGAUGGCUUGAGGAAGUCCGACAUCUUAGUGAUGCCGAUACCAACUGGGUUACGUGGGCUGCUACCAAGAAGUUCACGCGACGGGAUAAGGACCCCUUCACGGUUUUGCGGAAGGAACGGUGGACAAUUAGCAGAUGUGGUGUGCCAAUACCUUAUGAUGUUAUAUACUUUCGUGAAGGUGGUGAUGGUUUCUCCACACGUGUCAUGCCUGUUAGAUGGAUGGAUAGGCUUCGGGGUGCCUAUUUCUACUACUUCGAGCUGGAGGAAUCUCUCACAGCUACUUCCGAUGAUAACGAUCACUUCUUCGACGGCUACGAAUACGCAGCUUAUCAGGAUUACUUUGAUGCGUAA